CAUCGCUCAUGUGUCUCGUAUGACACGUGGAUUCUCCCUCUUUCUACGAUGGAUCGUUGCCAGAUACGAGAGGAAACACGUGUUUCUGUCAGCUAAAGUGCUGAGGAAGCACGUGCAGAGUCCGCUGGAGAGGAAGUCGAAGGAAAGUCGAGAUUCUGUCGUGGACUCCUCGAUCAGAUCCUACUCCGUACGUCCACCUAACCUCGAUCCCUAUUUUUUGCGCGCCGACAUAAUGCCGGAGGUGAAGAUCACAGCCAGCGACGAUAAGCGUCGUCAAGUCGAAUACCUGGACACGCCCACGAAGUCGGAAAAUGAUCCAAAGGAAUAUAGAGUCAUCAGAUUACAGAAUGGUUUGACAGCUUUGCUAAUAGCUGAUACACAUUCAAAAACAUCUUCUUCCCAAGAUGAUGAUCAAAAUAAAACAAGUAGUGAAGAUGAAACUGAAGAUGAGGAUAGUGAUGAAGAUGAUGAUGAUGAAGAAGAUGAUGAUGAUGAUGAUGAAGAAGAUGAGGAGGAGGAUGAUAAGGAUGAAGAUGAAGAUGAAGAUACAAGCGAUGAGGAAAAUAGUCCUUCAACAACUAAACGAGUCCAGAGAAAUGAAAAAAUGGCAUCGUGUGGUUUAUGUGUGGGAGUAGGCAGUUUUAGCGAUCCACCGGAAAUUCCAGGCAUGGCGCAUUUCCUUGAGCAUAUGGUUUUUAUGGGAUCAGAGAAAUAUCCACAGGAAAAUGAUUUUGACGCGUUUCUCAGCAAGCGUGGUGGCUCCACCAACGCCGAGACGGAUUGCGAGCUUACGACGUUUUACUUUGAUAUCCAAGAAAAACACUUGUUACAAACUCUUGAUCGUUUCGCUCAAUUCUUUAUUAAGCCCUUAAUGAAGAAAGACGCCAUCACGCGCGAGAGAGAAGCCGUGGAAAGCGAAUUUCAGUCGGCUUUGCCUUACGACGACAAUAGAAAAGAGCAAAUGCUUUCUUCCUGCGCGCGAGCUGGUCAUCCAGCCAGCAAGUUUAUUUGGGGCAAUCUGGUAACAUUGCGUGACAAUGUGGAUGAUGAUAAGCUAUACGCAGAGCUGCACAAGUUCAGAGAAUACCAUUAUAGCGCUCACAGAAUGAAACUGGCUAUACAGGCGAGAUUACCGCUAGAUACUCUGGAGGAAUAUGUCACGACGUGCUUCGCCGAUGUGCCGAGCAACGGGCUGCCUCCGAACGACUUUACCGAAUUCAAAGGCAGCAUUUCUUUUGAUACUCCUGCUUUCCGAAGAAUGUACAAAAUUAAACCCGUUAAAGAUAUUAGCCAAGUAGAGAUAACAUGGGCAAUGCCUUCAUUACUUGAUUUGUACAAAAGUAAACCACAUCAAUAUGUCUCAUGGAUUAUUGGACAUGAAGGGAAAGGCUCCAUAAUUAGUUAUCUGCGUAAGAAAAUGUGGGGGAUUGAUAUGCUCAGUGGUAAUAGCGAGAGUGGUUUUGAGCACAGUUCUAUGUAUGCUUUAAUGAAGAUUACUGUGCUGCUCACGGAUGAAGGGCAGAAACAUUUUGAGGAAGUGCUGGAUGCGAUAUUUUCUUUUAUCAAUUUACUGAGAACGGAAGGCCCGCAGAAGAGAAUUUACGACGAAAUCUAUAAGAUCGAGGAGAAUAAUUUCAGAUUUGCCGAUCAAGAGGAUCCGAUAGAGUAUGUGGAGGAUUUGUGCGAAAGCAUGCACUUUUAUCCACCGCGAGACUACAUAACUGGAAACGAGCUUUAUUUCGAAUACGAUCCAGAAGCCAUAAAAACGUGCCUGGAUUACUUGAGGCCGGAAAACGCGAAUAUCAUGAUCUUCAGUGGAAGAUUUACGGAGUUAAAUAAGAUCGAACCGUGGUUCAAAACUAAAUACACGGACGUUGAAAUACCGCAUGAAUGGAUCGAGCGCUGGAAAACUAUCGAGCCGUUGCCAGAUUUUCACUUGCCAUUACCGAACACAUUCCUCACCAACGACUUUACUUUGAUAUCGAUUCCGGCAGACAUUCCGAAAUAUCCCGUGAAGAUACACAGCGACACCACAUCCGAGAUUUGGUACCGUCCGGAUUCAAAGUUUUGCCUUCCAGAAUGUUACAUGAACUUCCAUUUUGUCUCCUCUCUGGGGCUUCAAUCGCCGGAGAAUGCAGCUCUCAUGGAAUUGUACUGCAAUGUACUAAAACUGCUGUUGGUCGAAGAAAUAUAUCCAGCAAUAGCGGCCGGAUUUAAUUUUCACGUUUAUGUUAGUGAGAGGGGUAUCAAAAUGAGGUUUAACGGAUUUAACGAGAAACUGCCACUCUUAGUAUUCACUGUCGUCAAAUACAUGGUGGAUUAUCCAAAUCUUGUUACAAAGGAGUUAUUCGAAGUUUUGAAAGAGCAGCAGCUCAAGACAUUCUACAACACAUUUAUAAAACCCAAGAAACUCGCCAGGGAUGUGAGAUUGUGUAUUCUUAAGUUCAUCCAUCACACGCAAAUCGAUUCGUAUACCGCUCUACGUGACGUCAAUUUCGAAAGAUUCCGAGACUUCGUCAAAUCUUUCAACGAUUGUCUCUAUAUUCAGAGCCUCGUGCAGGGCAACAUGACGCAAGAUGCCGCGAUUGAGAACGUGCAACGAUGCAUCGAAAUAUUCAACUGCAAAUCGCUGCUCCCGAGUAUGAUACCGCAGAUAAGAGUUAUGCAGAUACCCCUAGGCACGUACUAUUGCAAGCUGAGAAACAUCAACAACACCGACGUGAAUUCCAUAGUGACAAAUCAUUAUCAGGCUGGAAUUACGUCGAUCGAGUUAUCGGUGUUGAUCGAUUUAUUAAUAAUGAUAAUGGAGGAACCGCUGUUUAAUCGACUUAGAACCAAGGAGCAGCUCGGUUACGAUGUCGCUUGCAUCCAACAAAAUAUUUAUGGGAUUUUGGGAUAUUCCAUUAUAGUUCAAACUCAGGCGGACAAGUACACGACCGAGCACGUGGAUCAACAGAUUGAGGAAUUCUUGAAAUCGUUUAAUAAGAUUUUGAAAGAUUUGUGGGAAGAGGAAUUUGAUUGUGUCAAGGAGGCGCUAAGAAAGGAAAAGCAGUGCGCCGAUAUCGAUCUGAACGAGGAAGUUACAAGAAACUGGAACGAGAUUACGAAUUGGCAGUACAUGUUCGACAGACUCGAGAGAGAAGUGCUCGCGAUAAAGAACAUCAAGAUCAACGAUCUGAGAGAAUGGACUGAGAAGCAUACGUUGAACGGAAGUAACUUUAGAAAACUAAGUAUUCACGUGGUGGGAAGUAAGGAGAGCAACGAAGAAGUUAACGAAGCGAUCAAUAUCCCAGAGGAUUGCAGCAAAACGCAGUACUCCUUGGAAUAUAUAGCCAAGGAUCCCCAGGAUAAAGAUAAUCACAUUAUUGAUAUAGAAGAUUACAAGAAAAAUCUCUACAUAUAUCCAGUAAGUGAGGGGAUUAAUUCCUUCAAAGCAGUGAAUAAAUGAUGUUCUGAUAAUAAUAGAAAUCUAAUGAUAAUAAAAUAAUAAGUCGUACUGUGUGCCUAGAUAUUUUUUACGAUACUUUUCUAUUUAUCAAAAGCUUCUAUUUAACACUGGCCCUUGCAUAUAGUAAAUGAUAUAUAACACGAUAGAAUGAGAAUAUAUUAUAAAACGCACGCGAUUUCUUGCGAAUCUUUAAAUCUUCAGUUUUAUAUUAUUCAGUCAUAUGUUUCUUCCGACAAGCCACAUUAACAAUUGAUGCCAUCAGUGGAAUUUUCCAUGUUGCAAUAAUCUAAAUAAAAUGGAAACUGAUAUUAUAUAUUUAAGCGAUAAAUAAAUUAUAUAACAUGUAUCUAUUUGAUAUGAUAUUUAAAUGGAUAAAUUUUUGUGAUAUCAAACAGUGCGGAGGAAGAAUUGUGUGCGUAUAAAAAUUUUGAAUAAAGUUUCUCCACACAGAUGUAUUAAUGAGUAUUCUCUCUCAAAUUAAAAGAAACAUUUCUGAAUUUUUUUUCGUAUUACAACAUCGUUUAUCUGUAUUUCUGUUUGCUUUGCAUGAAACAAAAAAGAAAUAUUAGAGAGGACAAAAUCCGAAGAUGAAUUUAGUCACAUGAUUCUGUGAUAUUAGUUAGGUAGUAUAUGUGAAAAAAAAAGAAAUUUGAUAAAGUUCUCUUCUCAUUGAUCGUUUCCAAUUAAACGUACAUCAUUUGCGAGCUUAAAAAGGAUAAAACGGAAAUGCGCUGUAAAUGCAAUAAACGACCAAAAAUUAGGAUAAUUGUGAAGAAUACAGAAGGACGUUCUUAUUACGGGAAGCGUUCGGUAAAUAAAAUACUUGCUCGGGAUGCAAUUUUUUAUACUCUUUUUAAUUGUAUUCAAGACAUGACAACACGUUUUUCAAUAAAUCAUUAAACUUCCGAAAAUGUCAGCCAACCAUAUCCGAGAACUCUUUCCUCGCCCCCUUACCCCGCUACCUUCUCCACUCUCGUGCCAAGAGCUUUCUUACAAAACUUCGAUUGAAAGUUUGUUGUCUUUUACAAAAGCCGCACAUCACAUGUCGCGCGCAAAGGCUUCUUCUUUAUAAACUCAACGGAUGACUUUCUACGAAUCUUAAAUACUUCUAAUUUUCUGCGUGUGUAUGAGUGUGUUGUGAGAGGUUUUGCGCUUAUAUAGAGAAGAUAUAUAAAUGAAGGGUUAAAUAUUACGCUCUUGACAAAGGAAGAAACUUAAAUUUAUCUGCUCCAUUUUGGACCGACUACUCUGCUCUCUUUCUUCCCUUCGUCAAGAAAAUUCUCGGCGACGUAUUCCAUUAGCAAUGCGAUGCACGAGCACAUAGGGGAUCGAGGGAGCAAAGCAUUCGUAUCCUAAUGACCAGAUUUACACAGCGAGUAUUAGUAAUGCAAUUUAAAUAUUUCUCUAAAUCGUUACAACAUUCAUUAAGAGUGCGUUUCGAAUUUUAUACUUCGAAUAAUCAUCGGUAUAUAUCGUUUUUUUUCCUUUUUUUUUUUCUCUUUGCGGUAAUAUUAUAGUUUCUUUUGCCACUACAUUUAUAUUAGUUAUUUAUCUCUGCUACUUUCCGAAUAUGUAUCCGUUUUUUUAGAAGUAGUUUAAACGUGUGUGACUCCUUAGAGUUUUACAAUAAUCUUUUUUUUUUGUCUUUUUUUUCUCGGUUGCCUCGUGUUCUCGCCAGCACUGAUUCUCUUUAUUUUUUCUCUCUCAUCGCUCCUUUAAAUCAUGUAAUACGAGUUGCGCACGAAUAAUAGAUUAUAUUCGGAAACAUUUUUGCAUACGCGAUCUCUCCUUCUCUCGAACUAUAGCGAAAGCGUAGAAUCAGCUCUGCUCGACACUAGACAUGAAUGGGGCAUACAUGUUACAACAGUAAGUGUUUACAAUGGUAUUGAUAAUCCAACGAGAGAAUACAUCAAUGUGUGUGGUUGCGUUUAUAUAAAUGCGAGGGACCGCGAAUAGGUCGGAGCUAUGGUGUGCGAUGGGCGAUAUUGUAUAUCUCACGGGAGUGAUUACGAAUUUAUCUCGGCUUCUCUCCCCGUAGCUCUAAUCGAUUAUCAUUACGAUCACGUAUGUUAAUAGUGGAUUUAUCUCAUCGCGCAAAUGGAAAUUGCGUGUUUCUACAAACACACACUUAUAUAUUUAUAUGUAUAUAUUUACGCGAUUUUAUAUUUUUUCGCUCAUUGCAAAAAUACGCUCCAUCUUUCCAUCUCUGAUAUUCACUCGGUAAUAGUGUCGAAUCUGAAACGUGCUUGAAAAAAAGUGAUUCGAGACGAUUUGCCACCAUUGGACCGACCCAUCGAAGUCAAAUUAUAUGAUUAUCGAUAACAGCUUAGCGCAUGUUUAAUAAUUUUCGGAUCAACGAACGAUUCUUCUCCUUCUCUCUCUCUCUCUGUCUCUCCUUUUCUCGCCUUUCUUUUCGUAAACCGGAAACGACAUUCCGGAUAUUCUAGUUAAAAGAUACCGAAAGGCGUUUUCUCUCCCCUCGCAACAAAUACACCCAUGCAUGUGGUGUACGCCUCUUUCUCAUCCCCCGUUACCAUAUUUUUCUUUCUUUCUUUCUUUUAAAUAUUUAAGGAAGAGAAAGUAAAAACGAAAAGAUAUAAAUGUACUAAUGAUUAUCAAACAUACAUGUUACCGCGCGCGUUACGCGUGUGUAAUCCUUUCCUUUUUCUCGGCUAUGAAAAAAAUAAUAAUAAUAGCGGAAUAUACACACGUUACGUUUAAUAUUUUAAUAAGAAUAUACAAGGGGGUGUGUUUAUGUGUGUGUGUGUGUGUACGUGUAUGUAUUAUAUGUUUCGGGGCCCACACGCGUUUUUCUUCAGCUACAUCGAUAAGUGUUUAAUCUUUUUUUUUUCUUUUUUACUUUUUACUUUAUUAAUAUUAUAUAUUCAUUGCGUGUUUGUUUCUAUAUCGUUAUUUUAGUUUACAUCUCGCGUAUUACGUAUGGCAAGCAAAACUACGUUAAGGAAAAAAAACUUAAAAUUUAUAUAAAUCGUGGCGCAUAUAUAGCAACCUAGAAGAGCUCUCCUCCCUUAUAUUAUAUCACCCUUGAUAUCGGAUUGCUAUGAAAAAUCUCUGAUUCUACUCAUACAUGGUUAUAGCAAGAAGUUAAGAAAUAAAAGACACACGAAAAAUAUGAUACGCCUGUAUCACGAUGUGUGUACAUCUAUCAAAAAGCAUAUAGUGAAACGUAAUAUAUAUUUUUUUUUUUUUUUUUUUUUUUUUUUUGGAAUCAUUUAAAACAAGUUAUUGAAAUUAAAUGAUCUCUCUUUUUUCAAGUUUCUGCGAGACCUAUGUUUCUAUGAAGUAUAUAAAACAAAAAGAGAAGAAUGAGAUAACAUAGAAAUAUAAUAAAGAUUUUUUCCGUCUGAGAAGAAAGGAUACAACUAUUCGGAAGUAUAUGCGUUUUAGAGCGUGUUAAUUAACGAGAGUCCUAUAAUCGGCUGUAUAUCGUAUAAUAUAUUCUCUGUGCUUUCUCUAGAAAAAGUAUAAGUGUCAAAAUCAAAAAUGAAACAGCCGUUUUUCCGUCAUUCGAAAAGUCGAGCGCGUUAUUUUUUUUUUUUUUUUUUUUUUUUUUUUUUU